AUGUUGACUUCUGAAACACCUAUGUCUCACGACGAAGCUUCUCCAUACGUGCCUACUCACCCUUACUCGACCAACAUCCCCAUCCGGCGGCUUCCCGUGGUGGUGCCCCCCGUGGCGCUGUUCGAUCACGACACCAGUCAGUUCGACACCUCGCCCCCCAGCUCACAUGACUUUGAGUACGGUGAAUUCGUCCAGAGCGGCUUCUUCCAGUCCGUCGAUCCGGAAUGGUUCGCCCACAAGGCCCAGCCGGCGGACUGGACGUACGAAAUGCGCCGACACGCCCAGCAGGUGCUCCCGUUCCUCUACCUGGGACCCUACGCCUGUGUCAAGGACCGCGCCUUUCUCGAGAGGGAAGGCAUCACCCUCCUCCUGGCCGUCCGGAGCAAGCAAUCGGCUAUGGCGCGACUCGUCUCGGGGGAAAAAGCCGCUGCGGAACUGGGCAUCGAGGCCGACUCGAUCGACGUGCUGAACAAUCAGGAGCUCAUCGCUGAAUACCCUCGUGCUAUCCGUCGCAUCAACGACCAUAUCUCUUCCUUUCCUACUCAAGGAAUUACUACAACCACAACCACUACGUCUCCGUCUUCAUCUCCUCGAAAAGUCCUAGUCUUCUGCGAGUCCGGCAAUGAACGCUCCGCCAGCGUCGUGAUCGCCUACCUGAUGGUGAUGCUGAACCUGAGCCUGCACGACGCCCUGUGGAGGGUCCAACACCGACGCUUCUGCGUCUGCAUCGAGGAACCCAUGCGCCAUCUCCUCCACUCCUUUGAGUCCAUCCUCACGGCGAAACGGGACGUGACCAAGGCAAAGCGUAGCCUGAUGUCCAGUGGUGGUGGUGAUGGCGCUGCUGGUGGUGGGAAUAUAUCCCUUCUCCAGGGCCAGGUCCCGAAGAAGCGAGGCCUGGACGAGGGGAAUGACGCAGACGCGACGAUGAAAAUGACGGGUUGCGCUCCAGAUAUGGAUAUGGAUAUGGAUAUGGAUGCGGAUGAGAGUGUCUUUCCUGCUAAAACCAAGCCAGCUCCCUUUAAAGAUAAGUGA